GUAUUAUUUUCCUGAAGUGGGUCCGUCAUCUUCCCAGUAUCAUUCUGAUCCUCUUCAUCGGGUCGCGUGCUGUGAGUAUCGUCGUCUUUGAAUAACUUGAGCGGAACUUGAAGCUUGUAAUGGGAAAUUAGGGUUUUCUUCUCUUUUCUACCUUUGCUUAAUUAGGUGAAUUCGAUUUGAUUCCGUUGCAAUGGUGGAGAGACGGAAUCCUUUGGUUCUAUCAUCCACCAGAAGCACACUCCGUUCAGUGCUCAAUUCGUUACAAACCAGCUCUGCCGAUGGUGACCGAGUUCUGAAUCACGACGGGAUUGUUUUGGGCGGAUCCGACUUGUCACGAGGGAACGUUAAUUUGUCUGCGGGAAUUCUCCGGUGGCGGAUGGAUGGAGAAAAUGUUUCCGAUGCAAAAUUGGAUUCUUUAGAUGACUCUGCAUUGGUUGGACUCUCCACUCAAUUGCUUAAGAGACUAUCUAUCAAUUCUGGUUCUUUGGUUGUUAUCAAGAACAUUGAGAUAGGCAUUCAACGGGUUGCGCAAGUUGUUGUACUUGAUCCUCCCAAGACGACGCUGGAAGAUGCUUCUGUCUCUGAAUUACCUGUUUCGGACUCUCUUCAUACCAUGCUUGUCUUUCCCACUUAUGAUUUGAUGGCCCAGCAGUUAUUAGAUCAAGAGGUUGCUUACUUGUCCCCAAUGGUAGCUUUUAAUCUUAGCUUGCAUAUAUCUUGCCUGAAAUCCCUCGUCCACCGAGGGAACGGGGUCUUAGAGAAGUAUUUUGAAGCUAAGUUUGACGAGGAGUUUAUCGGAAAACCUGCGGCAGAUGGGUUGAAGAUUGGUUUGGGUUUGGAACCUGUGUCUGAUGUUCCAGGCUAUGCAUCACAUCUGAGAGUUUCUUUUGUUAAAAUCCCAGAGUGUGGUACCAUUCAAUCCCUGAAAGUCAAUUCUUCAUUUGAAGCUGAAGAACGACAAGGGUUAAUAGAUUCUGCAUUACAUAAGUAUUUUGGAACUGAUAGACAGCUGUCAAGAGGCGAUAUAUUUCGCAUUUACAUCGACUGGAAUUGUGGUUCAAGCAUUUGUAUUCCAUGUAGUCAAAGGUUGUGCUCUGAAAGCGACGACUAUAUAUAUUUUAAGGUUAUCGCGAUGGAACCUUCUAAUGAGAGGUUUCUUCGAGUCAAUCACUCCCAAACCGCCCUUGUCCUUGGAGGAACUGUAUCUUCUGGUCUCCCACCAGAUUUGCUGGUGUAUAGAUCAAAGGUUCCUAUGCCCUUGCAGGAGGAGACAGUAAAUAUUUUGGCAUCAGUGCUUUCACCACCUCUCUGCCCAUCAGCACUCGCCUCAAAACUCAGGGUUGCUGUUUUACUGCAUGGUCUGCCAGGGUGCGGGAAGAGAACUGUUGUUAACUUUGUUGCUAGGAGGUUGGGGCUGCAUGUAGUUGAAUAUAGCUGCCACAGUUUAUUAGCAUCAUCUGAGAGGAAAACAUCUACUGCUUUGGCCCAGACUUUUAAUAUGGCACGAAGGUAUUCACCAACGAUACUUCUGCUUCGCCAUUUCGAUGUUUUUAAAAAUCUGGGCUCUCAGGAUGGUUCACUGGGUGAUCGAGUUGGUGUGUCCUCUGAGAUUGCAUCCGUGAUUAGGGAACUCACUGAGCCAGUUUCUAAUGGUGAAAACAGUUCCAUGGAAGAAAAACCGAAUAGCAAUUUCUCUGAAGAUGAAGUUGGGAAGUUUAGGGGACAUCAAGUGCUAUUAAUCGCAUCUGCUGAAAGUACGGAGGGUAUCUCUCCAACAAUUAGGCGUUGCUUUAGCCAUGAAAUACGUAUGGGUUCUUUGAAUGACGAACAGAGAUCUGAAAUGCUGACUCAGUCCCUCCAAGGCGUCUCUCAAUUCCUUAAUACCAGCUCAGAUGACUUUAUGAAAGGAUUGGUGGGACAGACUUCUGGCUUCCUUCCUCGGGACUUGCGUGCUCUUGUAGCUGAUGCUGGUGCCAACUUAUACAUCAGUCAAGAGUCCGAGACCAAGAAAGUUAACUCUCUGUCAGAUAAUCUUCAUGGAGUUGAUGUACACCAGGCAAGCCAAUUAGGUAACAGUAGUGAUGCAUUAACAGCUAAGGAAGACUUUACCAAAGCUUUAGAUCGAUCAAAGAAGAGAAAUGCAUCAGCCCUUGGUGCUCCGAAGGUUCCGAAUGUGAAAUGGGAUGAUGUUGGUGGGCUUGAAGAUGUGCAGACAUCGAUAUUGGACACAGUUCAACUACCUCUCCUGCAUAAAGAUUUAUUUUCGUCCGGAUUGCGUAAACGUUCUGGUGUACUUCUCUAUGGCCCUCCAGGAACAGGGAAAACUUUACUGGCAAAAGCUGUGGCGACAGAGUGCUCCUUAAAUUUUCUCAGUGUAAAGGGUCCAGAAUUAAUCAACAUGUAUAUUGGAGAGUCAGAGAAAAAUGUUCGAGAUAUAUUUGAAAAGGCAAGGUCAGCGCGACCUUGUGUGAUCUUCUUUGACGAGCUUGAUUCUCUUGCUCCAGCUCGAGGUGCUUCUGGUGAUUCAGGAGGAGUCAUGGAUCGAGUGGUCUCUCAGAUGCUUGCAGAGAUUGAUGGACUCAGCGACUCUUCCCAGGAUCUGUUUAUUAUAGGAGCAAGCAACAGACCUGACUUGAUUGAUCCAGCUCUUUUACGGCCUGGCAGAUUCGACAAACUUCUAUAUGUUGGAGUCAAUGCUGAUGCGUCUUACAGGGAAAGGGUCCUUAAAGCACUAACUCGGAAAUUCAAGUUAAGCGAAGAUGUAUCUCUUUAUUCAAUAGCAAAGAAGUGUCCCUCUACAUUCACCGGCGCUGAUAUGUACGCCUUGUGUGCUGAUGCUUGGUUUCAGGCAGCUAAGCGAAAGGUCUCAAAAUCAGAUUCAGUGGAAUUCCCUCCAGAAGAUGAUCCGGAUUCAGUCGUUGUAGAGUAUGUGGAUUUUAUAAAGGCAAUGGAUCAGCUCUCACCAUCACUCUCCAUAACUGAGCUUAAGAAGUAUGAGAUGCUUCGAGAUCAAUUUCAAGGCCGUUCCAGCUAAACCCUUGAGUAAUUACAUUUCAACCCUAAACAAGAAAUUAGCAUAUAUAAUGGAGACAUUUCAUAUUUUUUAUUUUUCCAGAAUAUUUUCUCGAAACAGUUGUGUGCUGAUUUGGUUAGUCAAUCCAUUGUAAAAUUAACAUAGGAAUCAAUAAAAGUUCUUGGUUUUGAAUUUA